AUGGAGGAUGACCCGCAGCUGGAGCGGAAGGAGCGCAUCUGGACCCUGCCUACCGCCCUGACGCUGGCCCGCGUGGCGGCCAUCCCCGCCUUCGUUGCCCUGUGGUACUCUCCCGCGCCCUGGGCACCGGCGGCCGCCACCUGGCUCCUGCUGGCCGCCUCCGUCACCGACUUCCUGGAUGGCUACCUGGCCCGCAAGUUGAACGUGGCCUCCGAGUUCGGGGCCUUCCUGGAUCCCGUGGCGGACAAGCUCAUGGUCUCCACGGCCCUGGUCCUGCUCAGCACCGCGCCCAUUGUCGCCGGGCGCCUGGCCGGCGACGCGCUGCUGUGCCCGCUGGCCGCCGCCGCCAUCUACUUUGCGGCGCUCUGGCCCUACAUGGCCGGCCGGCGCAGCUGCCGGUGA